AUGAGCUCCUCAGAACAACCGGAAGGGCUCUCAAUUCGCUCAUACCAGACCCUCUCCUCUGGGACUAAGAUCCCGAGUCUGGGGCUCGGCGUAUAUAAGAACACUGGGGAAACAGUCGUCACCGCAUGUCUAGCCGCACUCGAAGCAGGAUAUAGACACAUAGAUUCGGCGCAGAUGUACGCAAACGAAGCUGAAGUGGCAGAAGCCAUUUCGAAGAGUGGACUUCCCCGAUCCGAGAUAUUCGUCACGACAAAAAUUCAGUCCAGAGAUUGGAAAGAAGUCGAUAAACAUGUAAAGUCUUCCCAUCGCCAGUUUUCAAGACAUGACAAUGACCGAUUCUGGUUCGGUCCAAUCAAUCUCUUGCUGAUACACGAUCCAAGAAUCGAUCCAGCGGAUAGAUUGUCAAUGUGGAAGGACUUCCUCAAGGCGCGAGAUGAAGGCCUUGUCGAGAAUGUUGGCGUCAGUAACUUCGCUGUUCGUCACCUCCAGCAAAUCGUUGAUGCAGGCCUCGAGUUGCCAUCUGUGAAUCAGGUGGAGCUGCAUCCGUUUUGCCAAAGGCGAGAUAUUGUCAAGUGGUGUCGAGAGAACGGGGUCGUCGUAGAGGCAUAUUGCCCACUCGUCCGUGGCCGAAAUUGGGAUAAUCCCACUCUUGUCAACUUGUCUGAGAAGUAUGAGAGGGAUACUGGUCAGAUACUCGUGAGAUGGAGCCUUCAGAAAGGGUUUAUCCCUCUUCCAAAAUCCUCACAAGCACAUCGCGUAAAGCAUAAUGCGGAUGUAUUCAAUUUCAAUAUCAGCGAAGAGGAUAUGGCAGCGUUGGAUGCUUUGGACCAAGGCGACGCUGGUGCGAUAGCGGGCUGGAACCCGCCCAUAAACGUGCCAUAG